GCGGGCUUCCGGGGCGGCCCCGGGCAGGUCGGCGGCGGUGGCCCGCAGUCGUGGAGGAGCGGUGGGAGCGUCGGCGGCCGCGGGCGAUGCAACUUCCGGACGGGACUCCCCUGUGUCCGCGCCUCACGUCUCCCCUUCCUCUCGCCUAGUCCCGUGCCGUUUUCCGUCCGCGACUCUUCCGGCCCAGAGCUUUCGGAGUGCGGUUGCUCAGGGGAAGCCGUCGCCGCCCCCGCCUCGGGGCCGAGUGAGAGUGUCCGUCGCGCGGCAUCGCCCCCCGGGCCGCCUCCUUGCCCCCAGUGGCGGGCUCCGUUCUCCCUCGAAGCACUCCCCCCAGCUCCAUGAAUGGAAAUCGGCUCCGCAGGACCCGCUGGGGCCCAGCCCCUACUCAUGGUGCCCAGAAGACCUGGCUAUGGCACCAUGGGCAAACCCAUUAAACUUCUGGCUAACUGUUUUCAAGUUGAAAUCCCAAAGAUUGAUGUCUACCUCUAUGAGGUAGAUAUUAAACCCGACAAGUGUCCUAGGAGAGUGAACAGGGAGGUGGUUGACUCAAUGGUUCAGCAUUUUAAAGUAACUAUAUUUGGAGACCGUAGACCAGUUUAUGAUGGAAAAAGAAGUCUUUACACCGCCAAUCCACUUCCUGUGGCAACUACAGGGGUAGAUUUAGACGUUACUCUACCUGGGGAAGGUGGAAAAGAUCGACCUUUUAAGGUGUCAAUCAAAUUUGUCUCUCGGGUGAGUUGGCAUCUACUGCAUGAAGUACUGACAGGACGGACCUUGCCUGAGCCACUGGAAUUAGACAAGCCAAUCAGCACUAACCCUGUCCAUGCCGUUGAUGUGGUGCUACGACAUCUGCCCUCCAUGAAAUACACGCCUGUGGGGCGUUCAUUUUUCUCUGCUCCAGAAGGAUAUGACCACCCUCUGGGAGGAGGCAGGGAAGUGUGGUUUGGAUUCCAUCAGUCUGUUCGGCCUGCCAUGUGGAAAAUGAUGCUUAAUAUUGAUGUUUCUGCCACUGCCUUCUACAAAGCACAACCUGUAAUUCAGUUCAUGUGUGAAGUUCUUGAUAUUCAUAAUAUUGAUGAGCAACCAAGACCUCUGACUGAUUCUCAUCGGGUAAAAUUCACCAAAGAGAUAAAAGGUUUGAAGGUUGAAGUGACUCAUUGUGGAACAAUGAGACGGAAAUACCGUGUUUGUAAUGUAACAAGGAGGCCUGCCAGUCAUCAAACCUUUCCUUUACAGUUGGAAAAUGGCCAAACUGUGGAGAGAACAGUAGCGCAGUAUUUCAGAGAAAAGUAUACUCUUCAGCUGAAGUACCCGCACCUUCCCUGCCUGCAAGUCGGGCAGGAGCAGAAACACACCUACCUGCCGCUAGAAGUCUGUAAUAUUGUGGCAGGGCAACGAUGUAUCAAGAAGCUAACAGACAAUCAGACUUCCACUAUGAUCAAGGCAACAGCAAGAUCUGCACCAGAUAGACAAGAGGAAAUUAGCAGAUUGGUAAGAAGUGCAAAUUACGAAACGGAUCCAUUUGUUCAGGAGUUUCAAUUUAAAGUUCGGGAUGAAAUGGCUCAUGUAACUGGACGCGUACUUCCAGCACCUAUGCUCCAGUAUGGAGGACGGAAUCGGACAGUAGCAACACCAAGCCACGGAGUAUGGGAUAUGCGAGGGAAGCAAUUCCACACAGGAGUUGAAAUCAAAAUGUGGGCUAUCGCUUGUUUUGCCACACAGAGGCAGUGCAGAGAAGAAAUAUUGAAGGGUUUCACAGACCAGCUGCGUAAGAUUUCUAAGGAUGCAGGGAUGCCCAUCCAGGGCCAGCCAUGCUUCUGCAAAUAUGCACAGGGGGCAGACAGCGUAGAGCCCAUGUUCCGGCAUCUCAAGAACACAUAUUCUGGCCUACAGCUUAUUAUCGUCAUCCUGCCAGGGAAGACACCAGUGUAUGCGGAAGUGAAACGUGUAGGAGACACACUUUUGGGUAUGGCCACACAAUGUGUUCAAGUCAAGAAUGUAAUAAAAACAUCUCCUCAAACUCUCUCAAACUUGUGCCUAAAGAUAAAUGUUAAACUCGGAGGAAUCAAUAAUAUUCUUGUACCUCAUCAAAGACCUUCUGUGUUCCAGCAACCAGUGAUCUUUUUGGGAGCCGAUGUCACUCAUCCACCUGCUGGUGAUGGAAAGAAACCUUCUAUUGCUGCUGUUGUAGGUAGUAUGGAUGCCCACCCAAGCAGAUACUGUGCCACAGUAAGAGUUCAGAGACCCCGACAGGAGAUCAUCCAGGACUUGGCCUCCAUGGUCCGGGAACUUCUUAUUCAAUUUUAUAAGUCAACUCGGUUCAAGCCUACUCGUAUCAUCUUUUAUCGGGAUGGUGUUUCAGAAGGGCAGUUUAGGCAGGUAUUAUAUUAUGAGCUACUAGCAAUUCGAGAAGCCUGCAUCAGUUUGGAGAAAGACUAUCAACCUGGAAUAACCUACAUUGUAGUUCAGAAGAGACACCACACUCGAUUAUUUUGUGCUGAUAGGACAGAAAGGGUUGGAAGAAGUGGCAAUAUCCCAGCUGGAACAACAGUUGAUACAGACAUUACACACCCAUAUGAGUUUGAUUUUUACCUCUGUAGCCAUGCUGGAAUACAGGGUACCAGUCGUCCUUCACACUAUCAUGUUUUAUGGGAUGAUAACUGCUUCACUGCAGAUGAACUUCAGCUGCUAACUUACCAGCUCUGCCAUACUUAUGUACGCUGUACACGAUCUGUUUCUAUACCUGCACCAGCGUAUUACGCUCACCUGGUAGCAUUUAGAGCCAGAUAUCAUCUUGUGGACAAAGAACAUGACAGUGCUGAAGGAAGUCACGUUUCAGGACAGAGCAAUGGGCGAGAUCCACAAGCUCUUGCCAAGGCUGUACAGAUUCACCAAGAUACCUUACGCACAAUGUACUUUGCUUAAAUAGUCCAAGUAUAUUCUCUGAGAGGAAGCACUGAAAGAUGAACUGACAUACAACGUAUGUUUCCAGUGGAGUCAAUUGAGUAAGGACACCUCCAGCCAUACAGAAACCAACACUGUGUGGGGGCCAAGGUCUGAUCCUUAUGUUAAUACAAGGAAGAUUGUUUACUUCAUCAAGGAACACAGCAUCAUUAUGCAAUAUGAAACCAGCCAACUGCUUUUUGUGCGGUCUCCUGUAGGAAGUAUCGCAAUUGUUUUGUUUUCAUUUCUUGUAGUCUAACCCUUUUAAUGCCUUUACCUCAAGUUGCUUGGCAGCACAACUAUCUUUGCAAAAAAAGUAUCGAAAAAGUAAAUGAUGGUUUAAAAAAUAUACACCUUCAUGAAUAAUCAAAGUGAUUUUUCAAAAUUAUGUGCAAAAAAUUAAUGUGCAUUCAUAUAUUCUUGUAAAAGGUGUCUGUGUGUUUUUAAAAUAUAUACAUCCAUACUUCAUAUGCAUAUAUAUCUGGAUCUGGAUUGAUAAUAGAUAUAUAUGUGUCUGUGUAUAUAUUUUAGAAUUCAUUCCAUUUGGGGAACUUCCUUUCCCUUUUAUUCUACUAGCACUACCGCUUUUAUUUCUCUUUUUCCCUUGCCUUCAUCACCUACAUUUUUUCCCUAAUCCUACCAGUGACAUUCAAAUAUUCACCUACCUGGUUCGUUUGAAUGUAAAAUAUGGCAAACUA